AUGGGAUUGGUUCAUGAAAUUAUGAAUGAAAACAAAGAGCUAGGCGAGGAGAUCAAAAAACUCGAAGCUGAAUUGGAGUCGGAUGCCAGAGAAUUCCAAAUUAAGGAGAAUGUACCAGAAAAGAAGCUUAAAUUCACCUCAGUGGAGGGUCCUGAGGAUGGCUGCCAUUUCUCAAAUAGCUCCUGUUCAUUUCAAGUGAGCUCACAAAUUCUCUACGAGCUGCAGAAAGGCCAAGAGCUCAUCACCUUUGAGAAGGAAGAAGUCGCACAGAACGUGAUAUCCAUGGGGAAUCAUGUCGUACAGAUGGAAGGCACCCCAGUGAAGGUCUCUGCACACCCAGUUCCACUAAACACAGGCGUCAGAUUCCAGGUUCAUGUGGACAUUUCUAAAAUGAAGAUCAAUGUUAUGGGAAUUCCCGAUGAGCUGUCUGAGGAGCAGACAAGGGACAAACUGGAGCUGAGCUUCUGUAAGUCCAGGAAUGGCGGUGAAGUGGAAAGCGUGGAUUAUGACAGGAAGUCCAGAAGCGCUGUCAUCACUUUUGUGGAAACUGGCGUUGCUGACAAGGUUUUGAAAAAGAGAACCUACCCUCUCUACAUGAAUCAGAAGUGCCAUAGCGUUGCUGUGUCUCCAUUUAUAGAACGACGCUUAGAAAAGUACCAGGUGUUUUCAGCUGUGUCCAAGAAGACAGUGCUUCUGACCGGAUUAGAAGGCAUUCGUAUAGAUGAGGAGACUGGGGAGGACUUACUCAACAUCCACUUCCAACGGAAGAAUAACGGAGGGGGAGAAGUGGAGGUGGUCAAGUGUUCUCUAGACCAGUCCUUCGCAGCAUAUUUUAAAGAAGAGGCCAGAGAAACCAUAUGAAACUUAUAGCCUUGAACUAAAAUCACUGCCAACAUUUACAAAAUAUUGUUUUCCAUAAAACAA